UUUAUUCUCAUAAUUAUGUUUUAUAGCUAUUGUUUAAACAUCCCAGAUAUGCAUUUCAAAAUCAAUCAGGAUUUCGCUAAAAACUACAACCGAUAUCGACAAAAGGAAGAAUACGAGAAAUUAAAGGCUAAGCAUGGUGAUAAACUGAAAGAUAUUAAGCUAUCCAACUUAACUGAUGCUGAUUUAAAACCGGAUAAAGAUAAUGCUCUAGUUUCAGAUGACGAUGAUGAGUCUACUUCCUCAAUUUCUUCAGACACUGAUGUUAGUUGGGAAGAAAAGCAGCAAGAUGAUUUCUUAAAUUUAUAUCAAGCUCUAUGCACUAAUGAUCCAUCCCUCAAUGAUCCUAAUAAACAAUGGUUUCGUGAACCUAGUGAAUCAUCAGAUGAUAGUAGUUCAAAGUCCACAGAUGAGAUUUCUGAUUCGGAAAUUAGUAAAAAUAACAACACACAAAAACAAAUGGAUGUUAAGAGAACAAAGAAACACGUUUUGAAACUUCGAGAUUAUGAACGUGAAUUUCUGUUAACUCAAAAUGGCUUGGAGGAUGAAACUGUUUCAAAGGAGGCGGAAAAAAUCGCGCAGAUGGAAAGUGACGAUGUUUUGAAAAAACUGGAAAAACAGUCAACAGAUUUAUCAAAGAAACAAUUUAUUCUAGAGGCUAAUGAAGCACUCAAUCAGGCGGCUAUAAUUUCAAAUGAAAUGAAGGACAAUAGAAACAGUGACAGUGAUAACGAUGAUUUGAAUUUUUUACGGAAACGAAAAAGCGAAAUAGAAUCGCCUACUUCAAAUAAAAAAAAGCGUAAAUGUCAAUAUGAUUUGGAUAAAAUAGUUUUCACUAAUUCAAGUAACAAAGAAGCUGAAGAAUUUCUACGUGAUUACAUUCUAAAUAAACGUUGGAUUGAACCUAAUUCACAACGAAAUGAUAAAAUCCCAACUUAUUCUGAUAUUCUACAAGAAUCUGGCCUAGAUACAAAUGGUGAUCAAAUAAAAAAUCUUUUAAAUGACGAUGAUAUUCUUGAUGAAGAUGAUGAAUUCCUAGUGAAAGCAAAUAAUUUUGAACAAGAACGUUUACAGUCUCUAGGUGUUAACAUGGGUGUUACAAAAUUGCAUAAAACUCAACAUCGUUUUGAAGAAGAAGAUAAAGAAUUUAUAAAAUCCUACCCUCGUAUUAUAGAGAAUAGUAUUGGGCAAACACUUUGUGUAAAAUCGAGACGAGCUGAACGUAGACAAGCUAAGAUUGAACGUAAGCGAAAAGAGAAAAAAGCUAAACUUCAAGAAUUAACUCGCUUACGUAAUCUCAAAUUAAGUAUGCUAGCGGAAAAAAUUGAAAGAAUUAAGCGUACUUGUGGUCCAGGUUCAUUAUUGCUUGAUGCUAACGAUUUAAUGAAAUCACAGGCUACGAAAUGUGAUGAUAAUAGUAGCAAUGAGUUAAAAACUUCUUCCAAGGUAGAUGUACUAGAUGUUGCUGAAUAUUUGGAUGAUGAUUGGGAUCCUGAAAAACAUGAAAAAUUGUUGAACUCAAUGUUUGGUAAGGAAUACGAAGAAAUAGAUGAAGAGAUAAAAAAGCCGGAGUUUUCAGAUGAGAGUGAUCUAGAAAUGGAGCCGUCCUCAGAUGAUAAACGUAAUUCACCUCCGAAAAAACACAAAUCAAAAUCUUGUAAUAAUGAUUCCGCAGACAAUACACCACCUAAACAAUCCGGUAAUAUGAAUCCUAUCGACACACUUUCUACUGCAAAUGGUAAUAAUAAGACAAGGCGUGGAAAACGACAACUAUUUGAAGCAUUGGAAAGAAACAAACCAAUUUUUAAUCCCGAUGAUUAUCCAGACUUUGAAAAAUACUUUGAAGAAUUUUAUCAAUUACAUUGCGAAGAUAUUAUACCUGGUCCUACUCCUGAUGAGGAUGUUUAUUGUCGUUUCAAAUAUCGUAAUGUUUUGCCAAAUGAUUUUGGUUUGAGUACAGAAGAGAUAUUAAAAGCUGAUACUAAAGAAUUGAAUGCAUGGGUAUCAUUAAAACGUAUAACAGCUUAUUUAUCACCUGAUGAAGAAUUGAAAGACCAAGAGUUAUACAGUUCUAACUAUCAAUUGAAACGUAAAAUGGCUGUUUUGGGAUCAUUAAAUAAUCCAAACGCGACAUGGUAUCCUAAUAAGAAUGAAGAAAUUGAAAGUAAUGCUGUGUCGAAAAAGAAACGCAGACGUCAUAAGAAGAAAAAAGGACUUGAUUCAGGGACGCAGGAAGUUGAACUCAAUGGUGAUGAUAAUGAUGAUAAUAAUAAUCAUGAAAACAACAGUAAUAAUGAUUCAGUGAAACAAAAUGACAUUGAUUCUGGAAAUGGAGAGAAGCCGAUGAAGCUAAAGAAAAAGAAGUAUGUUGCAGACGCCUGCAAGUUAAAUAAAAAAGAUAUUUUCAAAUCCCGUCUCCAGGCUGCUGGCAUAACGUUGAAAGAAUAUCACCGUACAAUGCAGAAAAAAAAGCGGUGUAGAUCUGAAGGUUCCAAUGAAUAAAAUAACCAUUGUUUUGAAAAUUGUUUACUUCAAAUUAUUUGAUUUUAUAUUCCUUAGGUUUAAAUGCGAAUCUAUAGGUGCAUCUUACUUCAUUAUUGCCAAGUCAGAACAGUCUAAGAAUACUGAGUUUUGAUCAUAGUAAAAACUCAUCUAAAUAGAUAUUUGGUGUGC